CCGCUCGGCCAUCGCCCAUCAUCAAGUUCCCUGGAGAUGUCGCCCCCAAAACGGACAAAGAGUUGGCUGUGCAAUACCUGAACACUUACUACGGCUGCCCCAAGGAGAGGUGCAACCUGUUCGUGCUGAAGGACACGCUGAAGAAGAUGCAGAAGUUCUUCGGGCUGCCCCAGACGGGCGCCCUGGACCAGCGCACCAUCGAGACGAUGCGGAAGCCGCGCUGCGGUAACCCCGACGUGGCCAACUACAACUUCUUCCCCCGCAAGCCCAAGUGGGACAAGAACCAGAUCACGUACAGGAUCAUCGGCUACACGCCUGAUCUCGAUCCCGAGACGGUGGAUGACGCCUUCUCUCGUGCCUUCCAAGUCUGGAGUGACGUGACCCCUCUACAGUUUUCUCGUAUCCACGAUGGAGAGGCCGACAUCAUGAUCAACUUCGGCCGCUGGGAGCAUGGUGAUGGGUACCCCUUUGAUGGCAAGGACGGACUCUUGGCACACGCCUUUGCCCCGGGUCCUGGUGUUGGGGGAGACUCCCACUUUGAUGACGAUGAGAUGUGGACCUUGGGAGAAGGGCAAGUGGUCCGUGUGAAGUACGGGAACGCUGACGGGGAGUUCUGUAAGUUCCCUUUCCUGUUCAACGGCAAGGAGUACACCAGCUGCACCGACUCGGGCCGCAGCGACGGCUUCCUCUGGUGCUCCACCACCUACAACUUCGACAAGGAUGGCAAAUAUGGUUUCUGCCCCCAUGAAGCCCUGCUCACCCUAGGUGGCAAUGCCGACGGACAGCCCUGCAAGUUCCCGUUCCGUUUCCAGGGCACCAGCUACAACAGCUGCACCACCGAGGGCCGCACGGACGGCUACCGCUGGUGCAGCACCACGGAGGACUACGACCGCGACAAGAAGUACGGCUUCUGCCCGGAGACCGUCAUGUCCACCGUCGGCGGGAACUCGGAAGGCGCCUCCUGCAUCUUCCCCUUCACCUUCCUGGGCAAAAAGCACGAGCGCUGCACCAGCGAGGGCCGCGGGGACGGGAAGCUGUGGUGCUCGACCACGGACAGCUACGACGAGGACCGCAAGUGGGGCUUCUGCCCCGACCAAGGAUACAGCCUGUUCCUGGUGGCAGCCCAUGAGUUUGGCCACGCCAUGGGCUUGGAGCACUCAGAGGACCCAGGAGCCCUGAUGGCACCCAUUUACACCUACACCAAGAACUUCCGCCUGUCCCAGGAUGACAUCAAGGGCAUUCAAGACCUCUACGGGGUGUCCCCUGACACUGACGCUGGCACUGGCACCGGCCCCACCCCCACGCUGGGACCAGUCACUCCAGAGCUGUGCACACAGGACAUCAUCUUUGAUGGCAUCGCUCAGAUCCGUGGGGAGAUUUUCUUCUUUAAGGACCGGUUCAUUUGGCGGACAGUGACACCACAGAACAAGCCCAUGGGGCCCCUACUGGUGGCCACAUUCUGGCCUGAGCUCCCAGAAAAGAUCGAUGCUGUGUACGAAGCCCCACAGGAGGAGAAGGCUGUGUUCUUUGCAGGGAAUGAAUACUGGGUCUAUUCAGCCAGUACCCUGGAGCGAGGGUACCCCAAGCCGCUGACCAGCCUGGGGCUGCCUCCUGAUGUUGAACGCGUGGAUGCCGCCUUCAACUGGAGCAAGAAUAAGAAGACAUACAUCUUUGCUGGAGACAAGUUCUGGAGAUACAAUGAGGUGAAGAAGAAAAUGGAUCCUGGCUUCCCCAAGCUCAUCGCAGACUCCUGGACUGCUGUCCCCGAUAACCUGGACGCCGUGGUGGACCUGCAAGGUGGCGGUCAUAGCUAUUUCUUCAAGGGCGCGUUUUAUCUGAAGCUGGAGAAAUGCCACUGUUAA